AUGACCUUCCUCUGGCUCCUCUCCUGCUGCGCCCUCCUGGGCACGGCCUUUGGCUGCGGGGUCCCUGCCAUCAACCCUGUGCUGAGCGGCCUGUCCAGGAUCGUCAAUGGGGAGGACGCUGUCCCCGGCUCCUGGCCCUGGCAGGUGUCCCUGCAGGACAGCACUGGCUUCCACUUCUGCGGGGGCUCCCUCAUCGGCAAGGACUGGGUGGCCACCGCCGCCCACUGCAGUGUCAGAACCUCCCAUCUGGUUGUGGCUGGGGAGUUUGACCAGGGCUCAGACGCCGAGAACAUCCAGGUGUUGAAGAUUGCCAAGGUUUUCAAGAACCCCAGGUACAACCCGUUCACCAGCAGCAACGACAUCACCCUGCUGAAGCUGGCCACGCCUGCGCGCUUCUCCAAGACUGUGUCCGCCGUGUGCCUGCCCGGCGCUAGGGAUUACUUCCCCCCCGGGAUGCUGUGCGUCACAACCGGCUGGGGCCUGACCAAACACACCAAUGCCGACACCCCCGACAGGCUGCAGCAGGCACCUCUGCCCCUCCUGUCCAACACCGAAUGCAAGAAAUACUGGGGCAACAAGAUCACCAAGAGCAUGAUCUGCGCCGGCGCCAGCGGCGUGUCCUCCUGCAUGGGCGACUCUGGUGGCCCCCUGGUCUGCCAGAAGGAUGGAGUCUGGAACCUGGUGGGCAUCGUGUCCUGGGGCAGCGGCACCUGCUCCGUCUCCAGCCCCGGCGUGUAUGCCCGCGUCACUGCACUCAUCCCCUGGGUGCAGCAGACCCUGGCAGCCAACUGA